GCAAAGCGAUUUGUGUUAUGAAAUACAUCAAUUUACUGCAUAAUUCGUGUUAAAGUAAUAACUUAGGAUCACAUUUAAUGGUUGUAAUAUGUUUUUGUGAUAAUUGAAAGAGGAUUUGCUGUGAAAUAUGCAACGGUAAAUACGUAAGGAGGGGGUGAAGGAAAAUGGAGAACAUUAGACUGAUGAUGGGCGUAUUCAAUGAUACGUCCGAAUAUUCCUCGACGUCGGACUCGGAUGAGCAGGAGGAGGAGGAAGUCGCAGACAGUUUGCUGCUUUCCGGAAGGAGUCAGACAGCCGAUAGCUCGCUUUUCCGCAGCGAUGGUGAUAGAAGAAUGCCUCAGAAUAUCAUUAGGAAAUUACUCAACAGAGAGCGAACUGGCUGUUUUAGCAGCAAUGGAAGGAAAAUUGCUAAAGAACCACCUUUCAAGCAUGUCCCGAAUCGCCUGGCGUUCCACCUCAAGGAGAUCGUUCCGUAUUGCUACCUUGAUGACCACGUCUUCAUGGGCUUGUCGGCCUGUGGCCAAUUCCUGCUCAGCUACAAACUCUCGUACGACGAAGAGUCCAUCAAUCACUACAACUUCAGUGCUCCCUACAAAUACGAACUCUACUUCUGGAUCUAUCGUCCGCACUGUAUGCUCGUGAAUUACUACAAAGUCUGCCUGUUUGACGAUCACGGAGUGGACAACAUGAAGACUGUCACGAUGACUCAGUGGCUCAGUGAUUCCCACUUGCUCAUCGUGCACGGCGCGAGUGCGUCCUUUCAAGAGGAUUCCUACAUAACAAUAGCCUCAGUGCCGAAACUCGGUUGCCGCGACUGCAUUCAAUUGCGCGACAACGAGCCGGACAAGUACUUUGCCAGCGGAAGUCUCUGCAUCAAGUGCAACUUAACAAUCCACACAAAGUACGGUCGACUGGAUUCUGAUCCCAAAUUCGAUCCGAAACUCAAUCUCAACUGCCCAGAGCGCAUUGUGAUAGUGGCCAAUGGGUUCAUUCACGCGGUCAAUGUGAAGCUGGAGAUGAACAAGGUGGAGAAGAGGUUCGCCGGAUGCGCAGAAGUGCGCGGAGCCUUGGAGAGGGUGCGAGAGGUGCAGCAGACGAGGGCGGAGCCUUCGAGAGUGGAGCCCAAAGUGGCGAAGCAGCAAGAGGAUGACGCCAAGUCGAUAGUGGCGAAGAUAAUAGCUGACUUUGCCGAAUGUGAGACUGAGACGGUGCCUCUGGAGAAGACAAUGAUCUUCUCGAGAAUCGACAAGUCCGUCCUUGAUGAUAACAGAAGCUUCGAUGAACUGAUUAUAACAUGUGGCAGCGCAACUACUUCGUCCGCUGCCAGCUGCAACAGCGUGCUGACAGGGGGUCUUGAGGGUGUUGUGGGUGCAAGUGGUGGCGAGGAUGGCGUGGGUCGCAAUGGACUGAGUCAGCGCAAUUACCAGAUCACGGCAAAGCAGACGCCGCGUCAGAUGUUGCGCAGGAAUUGCUGGAAGACCAGCAAGAUCACCACCGUGGAUCUGCAGGGCAGCUCUUCGGGCUGCAGCAAGAACAUGGAUAUCGCUGCAAAGACUUACGAGUUUUCGGAGGACAAUGAGAAGUGCGAGAAGAUCAGCUUGUUCCGCAAGAGGCGCUUGGCGGACAAGAAAUAUGAGUUCUCUGAGGACAAUUCCGAGAAUAUCAUCCCGUUCAAUCGACUGAGAGCGGGAAAAGUGCGCAAAUCGUCACCGGUGAGCGGAGGAAGUUGCUCGUCAUUCAGCACAUCGCCGCCCAACUAUGCUUACGAGAUGCCGUCUCACUUGCACAGAGCGUCACCAAGUCAGGGAUUCCGAUCGCCUUGUGGCUCUCCGGUGGGAAAUCGCUGUCUCCGGUCGCCUCCGAUGCGCUCCUACUGUUUCAAUCCGCGCUCUCCGACGUAUGCCAAGCCUUUCGGGAUGCUGAUGUCGCCCAGGCAGCGAAGGCCGGGCUCCUCGGCGGGCGGAGGGCUCUUCCUGUCGCCCAAGCGGGAGUGCACGACUCCCGAAGUGGGCGAUCGACCGCUAUGCUCGAAGAAGUUCGAGAGGCGCUACGUGGAAGAGGACGACGCGGCGUCAGUGAUCACGAGUGAGGAGGAUGACUGCAUCUCACCAGGCUACCACUUGUCGCUGCCCAUGGAAGUGCACGGCUCGUGCUACUCAGACAUGCAAAUGAUCUCGCAGACGUCCUAUCAGCGUCUUCAGUGUCCUGCCGUCGUGAUCACGCAGAACUCCAUUGAUCUGGAAGCGCUCACGUUUCACGUGGCCAAUCACUUGUGCCAGCGCCAUGACAAGCAGUACGGCGUGUUCUACGACUGGGCGUGCGAAGUGGUGGCGCUGUGUCCCUUCAGUGGACGCCUCACGUGCCUCCUGCUGGUGCACUUCACGGCCACGGAGAAGAACAGGACGGCCUCUUGUCUCACAUGCGCCGCAGCUGUGGAUUGUCUGCACCAUAGACGCCAGUUUCACGCCAGCACGCUAUUCACCUGGGACACGGAGACGGGAGAGUGGAAUGUGGAGGAUUACGGAGAUCUCAAGGAAGUGGACAAGCCCUCGGCCGGCGUCAAGGCGUCUCCAGCUCUCAGCCUGCAAGCGUUCGAGUUGGGCCGCGAGUUGAGACAGCGUCGCCGGGACAUUGAGGUGGGAAGUGAGCAUCUGCGUGUGUUGGACUCAUGCAAUGAAAAAUCCAAAGAAUCCCUCAGUGACACACGGAACUGCGUCGAAUUCUACCGCACGAGUUCGUCACCGAGGCGCUCAGGAUACGGCGACAGCUCCAGCGAGGCUGUGUCUGGCGACUCUGAAGAUGAGGCUGUUGCGUUCUUUUCCAGACUUGCGUAGGCUCUUGUGACAAUUUGAGAUUUUCCGUGUGAUUUUUCAUCAUUACAAUUUUAUCUAGUAUUUAAUCAAUAAAUGCGAC